AUGGAUUUGAAAAAGGAUAUGCGGAAGCAUACCGGUGAGAAACCGUUUCGUUGCGAGAUUUGUAUGAAGCGUUUUACACAGAAGAAUAGUCUAAAAACUCAUUUGAACAACAUCCACACCAGACUCAAUCCAAUUUUUCUCGCAAAAUAUAUAAAAGGUCGAGAUAAAAGAAUGUUGAGCUGGAGCGACGAAAUGGACAUAAUGCUUGCCGCAUUCGAUCGACAGGCAAAAGUCUCCUUGAAGAACAUUAAAAUGGCUCUCAAACGAACGGGAUUAUCAUUCAAUCCUGGAUUUAAGCAAUAUUUUCUGGAUGCUUCAUAUGAUCGGAUCAAAAAUACGUAUAAUCAAUUCGAAGUGAAUCAACUGUUUGAAGAACACAACGACUUUGGUGCAGACCUGUCUAUGGCUGAUAGGUCCCAGAUAUCGAGCUCAGUUUAUCAAAACGGCCAUUACAUGACCAAUUCGGUUGAAAUCAUCGACUCAAGCGAUGAAGACGAUGGUACAAUGUAUCCCAAAGUGGAACCUUCAGAGACCACCUCUCCUUUUCAAUACAAUAACAUUGGCGCAACCUCUGAAUUGAACGAUUUCUUUCAAAAUGACGACGAAGGAAGCUACAAUGAAAUGCCAGAGACAUACUCAAAUGGUCUAAACGGCCGAAAAGAUGUAACACAAAGCAAAGCUAGACGUCGCAACAAAAUCAUUAAUCAUAAUGAAAUGAAAGCAGAAGAAGCGGAAAUGGAUGAUGGCUUCAACUCGAGUCUCUGCGAUUUGAAUUACGAUAUGGAUACCACGAACGAACCAACAUCUACUGUUACAUCGAACAAUCGACCAAACUUCGUUGAUGCCACCGGAAAAAUGCAAUCACGCCCGACUCCAAGAUCAUUGGGCAAAAAGAAGCCAUCAAACCAGUUCGAGGUGAAGAAGCGAUUCACGUGCGACCUUUGUGAAUAUUCUAGUAAUCGCAAGGGGGACCUCAAGAAACACACGCGUACUCAUACAGGCGAGAAGCCAUAUCAAUGUGAUAUUUGCCGCAAAGAAUUCACAAAUAUGCAGUCCUUGAAGAACCACAAAUUGACUCACACAGAGGAAUUUCCGUUCCAUUGCCGUGGCUGUUUUGAAGGAUUUCCCCAGAAAACCGAAAGAGAUGACCACGAAAAAUUGUGCAAGGCGCGUUGUUAUGAAUGCCAUAUAUGCAAGAAGUUUGUCAAUGUAGGUAUAACUCAUUUGAAAAGACAUAUGCUAAAGCAUAACGGUAAAAAAUCAUUCCGAUGCGAAAUUUGUAUGAAGAGCUUUACACAGAAAUGUAAUCUGAAAGCUCAUUUGAAGACCAUUCACAGCAGAAUCAACGCAUAA